UGUGGUUGGUAAAGAUUAAAAUUUUCAAAUUCAGCAAAACCGUUAUAUUUUUAUUGGUGUGUUGUAUUAGUCGUCCUGUAAUUUAUUUAAAACUACUCGAAAACUACAUUAUUAACAUGGAAUCAAGGUUUGACAUAUCUGCUGGUGAGCUGAAAAUGAAACUUGAAGCGAAAUGCAUCAAAGAGGAGAAAGUCGAAGACAUCCCUAAACUCACAUUGGCACCGUUUACGAAUAACACGAAGUUAUUUUUCGAAAAUAGUCUCAUCGGAACCACAUCCAUUCAACAGCUAAUUAUCGAAAACCCCACAACCCAAGAUGUGAAGGUUGCUAUAAAGAAUAUGCCACCGAGCGAAAAACGAGUGCAACUGUCGUGGGAAGUACAAAAUAUACCUGCCUGUGCUGCUGUCUUAUGGGAAAUUACGUGGAUGCCAGACAUUGUUGAUAGUUGGAGGCACACGUUUAGUUUCCAAUUUGGCCGAUGUUUAAAAAAAGAUCUUCCCGUUACUUUUAAAUCUGUUGCAAAUAAGAAACAAGUAAAUCCAAAAAAUCGUUCAUCAGUCAAAGUACCGACACGCCAUUCGUCAGUGACUGCUCCUCACUGUUCGAUUAAUAAUAAAAAAGUAAAUGGAUCAAGUUAUGUUACAAGUAUUUCUAAGAAAAGUACCGUGCGUGCCCAAAAAGAAAAUAUUCCGAAGGUAGUGUAUAGCAAUUUGAACGAGGAUGAUGUGUUUCUACCAUCCAAAUAUACAAGUUUUACAUUGGAAUCUUUUAAUUCUGAAAUACGCAGAGAAACCUACACUGUUAAAGAACGACAGUGUAGUAACGAUCACAACAUUAGUGUUGAUAGUAUAGAUAUGUGUUUGGAAAAUAAUAAAUAUUAUGGAACUGCUUCAGAUACGCUCGCUUUGAAAGUGAAGGAUCUUGUUUUUAGUCCUCUGGGUGAUUCAAAAUAUUUAGCAAAUCUUAGUACAGCUACUUAUACUAAAGAAAAUCGUUUGAACUCUGCUUCAAGUUUAAGUGAGCUGGGACAACGUAUUUAUUCAACAUCUAGUAUAGAAGAAGAAUUGCACAACAUUAGCACCGCUACAUAUACUAAAGACUCUUUACAUUCAAAAUACAAUCCCAUAGAAGAUUUGCACAAUAUUAGUUCAGGGACAUAUACAAAGGAAAGGCAACCAGCAUUUAGCUUGAACGACAGCAACUUAACAAAUAUCAGUACUGCUACGUACACCAAAGAAAAAUAUUUAUAUUCCAUUAGCCCAAAUGCUGACAGUUUGAAAGGGAUCAGUUCGGAAACGUACACUAAAGAAGCUUUGAGCACUGAGAAGUCAAAGGUAAUGAAUGGAAUCAUAAAACAGAGUUCCCCAAUUUGCACGAAGAAAAGCGUGUGGUUUUCGGAAAGUUUGCUUGGGUCGCACGAAAAUGAUAAUAUUCCUUCUGGAUUUAAUUUCUCUCCAAUAUCAUUUGAUACUCCAAACGUACACCAAAAAAACAUGUCUGGGAUGGGCGUUCGUACAAUUAUUGAAGCAAAUCUGUGGGGAUGUGAAAAUGUAUCGGGUUAUAUCACAAACGACGCUCUCAUUACUAAACCAUUGAAGCGCAAGUCUGAGUUGAAUUUUGAGAUUUCUCCCGCGAAAAGAGUGCACAUUAACGGUCAACUAUCCAAUGAGCCACAUAACUUAAAUUGGAAUACAUCGAAGCCGCCUCGUGUGAAAGUGAAGAGUGAUGGUUUCUACUUUGAUCCGUAUAUGGUCCAAUCUGUUUAUCAAGAUGAAGCAUGGAUGGAACGUCAAGAGGGUAUCUUUAAGAAUUGGCUAAAUGCAUUACUGGCGCCUCCUAGCGAAUUAGAUGUAAAUGUAGAGGUAAAUGUUGCUAAAAUUUGGCAAGAGUCUAAACAAAAAGGGGAAUCUGCACCGACACCACUUUCAAAGGAAAGUGUUUCAAGUACAUAUCACACAAAUCAUCGCUUAGACGCACUUAGAAAAUCUGCUUCUGAGUUAUUCCGUAGUCAGGCAGUAGGCAAAGUCAUUGCGACCACAUAUCAAAUUAUUGAAAAUCAAAAGUUGAGCAUUAGACAAGAUAAGAACAUACAUUUAAAUUUGGGCCUCCAAUCCCAAAUUACGCUUGUUUUGUUGAACUAUAAUCCUCUGUGGCUAAGAAUUGGAUUAGAGACACUAUUUAACACAAUUAUCCCCAUAUCUUCUAAUUCUGACGUAAUGGGUUUGCAUAAUUAUAUCAUGCAAAACCUAUUUAAAAGCUCCUUCCUACUACAGAAAUUCAAAUCUGCUCAUUCCCCAAAAUAUGUUGCGGCUAUACAGAAAUUUAUACUGAAAAAACUUUUCGCGUUAGUUUACUUUCUGGAUGUCGCAAAAACCACUACCUUGAUUCCCCAUGAUCCGUGCCUAUUUUCCAAAACCUCGCCGAUAAAAGAAAGUAGAGAAGUGGUCCUGACAUUCUCGCGCGAGUUACUAUCGUCAGUAGGCGACAUUACUAAAGUGCUUCGAUUAAACGGAUACAUUCUAAAUCACAAACAGAAGUACAUUCACGAGUUCGAUUACUGUGUUAACCAUUUGGGAGCGGAUUUGCGAGAUGGCGUUCGUUUGACGCGCGUCAUGGAAUUAAUACUUUUGAAAACGGGUUUAACGGAUUUGCUCAGAGUGCCCGCCGUUUCUCGAUUACAAAAAAUUCACAAUAUGAAGGGUGUAUUUGAUGCGCUAACCGAUGCAGGAUUUGAAAUACUGGGGGACAUAUCGCCGAAAGAUAUCGUAGAUGGCCAUCACGAAAAAACCUUGUCGUUUCUUUGGCAAAUCAUUUACAAGUUUCAAGCUCCAGUUAUGGUUAAAGCGGCGAAUACAAUUAUUAAAUGGUGGAGAAGUUUACAGAUUGUAGUGAAACGCCGAAUAAUACAGAAACGAAGACAUCGUCUGGACACGGCUGCAAUAUGCAUCCAAACAUGGUACAGACGCCUUACACUGGCAUGGAAGAUAGAGCAGUUGGUCCCCGUAGUGAAACAAAUUUUACUGGAAAGGCUUUGUAAUAAUUCUGCUUUAAAGAUACAGUUCCACACCAAAGGUUUUUAUCAUUCAAGUCAUACCGGUGAAGCUAUCCUCGUCUAA